AUGACGGAGCCUCGUCGCCGCUGGACAACCGCCGAAGACGCCCUGCUGUGGGAUCUGUACCAGGUGCAGGAGAGGGCACCCACAGGCAAAUGCCAGAAGAUCAACUGGAACGAGAUCGCGCGGCAUAUCCCCGGCCGCACGAACAAGGACUGCCGCAAGCGGUUCUACAAUCGGUUCACCGGCGGUCUGCGCAAGGGCUCUUGGACGCAGGAGGAAGACGAGCGGCUGUUCCAGCUCGUCGAGCGGUACCAGUAUCGCUGGGCGGCGAUAGCGCAGAAGAUGGAGACGCGGAAUGCGGAUCAGUGCUCGAAGCGAUGGCAUCACUGUCUGAAUCCGGAGCUGGAGCGGAGUCCGUGGACGGACGAGGAGAACAUGCUGCUCCUCGCAGCCGUCAACUCCCACGGUAGCAGCUGGAAGGAGAUCCAGCGCUGCCACUUCCCGACGAGGUCUGCGAACAAUAUCAAGAACCAAUUCACCAUCCUGUCCCGCAAGAACCUCACCCUCACCCCGGGCUACCUCCAGCCCUGCUGCGACGCUGUCUCCCCCCCAACAAGCAAACCCUCCAGCUCCCGCCGCCCCCCGUCCUCCUCCUCAACAUCAGCAUCAGCAUCAGCAUCAACAUCGGCAUCAGCAAUAGCCUCAACCCCACCCCUAACCAGCUACGCCUCAACCUCAACGCCCUACACCUACGGCUCGCUCUCCUCCACCCCGCAGCUCUCCGCAACCGAGUACCUCCCCGCAACGCCCGAAGCCCCAGCCCUAACCUUCGACAUGCACACGCUCGGCCUGGCCGACCCGGCAUGCGGCUACAUGCCGGCGUACCAGGCGUCGCCGGCGCUGUCGUUCUACGCCAACUCGCCGGACGCGUCGGAGCUGGUGACGAUCCCGGAUGGCAUGGGGAUGCGGUAUGACUUCCGGGACGGGCUGGAGCACGAGCACCUGCAGGAGCGGUAUGCGCUGCAGGUGCAGGGGGCGUUUGGGUACUGA